AUGGCGAGCGAAACUAAAACCCUGGACUUCCAUCAGGUGCUGAACUGCAGGAGGAUUUUGGAUCUGAUUGUUUUGGGCAGGAAUCUAUCUCUGGUUGUGCUAUCAACAACAGUGAAUGUUGAUGGGCACGUACUGGCAGUGUCUGACAACAUGUUUGUUCACAACAACUCCAAGCAUGGACGGAGAGCAAGGAGGCUCGACCCCUCAGAAGCCACACCGUGCAUCAAAGCAAUCAGCCCAAGUGAAGGCUGGACUACAGGGGGAGCAAUGGUCAUCAUUAUUGGAGACAACUUCUUUGAUGGGCUGCAAGUUGUAUUUGGAACCAUGCUUGUAUGGAGUGAGCUUAUCACGCCUCAUGCCAUUCGAGUUCAGACACCUCCACGUCACAUUCCCGGAGUGGUUGAAGUGACAUUAUCGUACAAAUCCAAACAGUUUUGCAAAGGCGCACCGGGCAGGUUUAUUUACACAG